AUGGCAGGGAACAGGUGCGGGGCGUGCGGGCAGGAGCUGGAGUCAGACAACCUACUGAGAAUCCAUCUGUAUCGCAAUGACACGUGCAGGGACACGCUGCUCGAGAGGCUCGAGAGUAGGGCGGUGGAGGCGUUGGCGGAGGCUUUGGCCGAGGUGAGAAAUAGCCCGCAUCCUUCGGACAGUGAGUCAGUCCCGGGCAGCCCCCACUCCGCCGACUCGCUGUUCAGAUAUUUGAGAGAGUUUCCCGAGCACGCGGAUUUUGUGCGCGGGUACGUGUCGACGUCGGACGAUGGAUCUGUAUCCACAGUUGGCGACCUGUUCAACACCCUGAACGAGCUGUACCUGUUCUUCAAGGACGCUGAUUUGUCGGACAGAGAAAUAAAUAGAGUGUUGCACAUAUUCAACCACCCGGGAUACGAUCCUGCAGCGGUUCGGCGCUGGCAGAACGUCGCCGACGUGAGGCGGUUUGGGGAGGAACACGCGCCGGACGACAUGGUGCCGUGGCUCAAGGCAGAGAUUGAGGUGCGGGGCCCCGGAGGAAGGUCUCAGAUGCUGGAACUGCUGUACAAGGACACCAAGCUGGCGGAACUGCCGGAGGAGGAUUCUAUGGUGCUGGGUGUCAUCUCGUACAGCGACAGCACUUACGCGUCGGGGAACGGACGCCUACAGGCAUGGCCAAUGUUGAUGGGUUUGGUCAAUGUCCCGGAGGAGUUACGGUGGCGUGAGCCUGGGCACGCGCUAGUGGGUGUGCUCCCUUUUCCGCCGGAGUGGGCAUCGGCGACGGAGAAGACGCGGGUGUAUCAGGAGGCGUAUCGCAUCGUGAUGGGUCCGCUCAUGCGUGAGAGCCGCGAGUAA